AUGUCCACGUACGUGCGGCCAAACAAAUUACAGGGAAAUGGCAUCACCUGCAGGAAUUUCCACUCAACAUUGUCAAAUGUCAUCAAAAGUUGUUUUGCUGGACAUGUUUGUAACAUUAAUUUGACAUUUUACUGCAAGGCUAAAGGUGACGAAGUCUCCCAGAAGAGGGGAGAGGGGAGCGAUACAUAA